CAAUUUUAUUUUUACCAGUAUUUUCUUCGUAAUGUUUUCUUUUUUCCCUAAUUAUUAUUAAUAUUAACUAUUACCGACAGAUACCUAAAUAUUACCGACAGAUAUUGCUUAGUAGCAAGUAGUUCCAUUUUACUUGAGGUGGUACAACGAGGACGCCACUAACGCUGGCUUCAUCGAAAUACACGGGAGAUUGGAAGCCCUGGAGUGCUCUAGAUACGCGGUAUCGUUUCUGGUGUUGCAAUGGGAACGGAUGCCAAUAACCACUAGAAGAAACACAGUACAUAAUCGAAAUAAUAAGUUUGUUUGUAUACAGAAUCAUCAUUGAUGUCGUCGAAUUUUCUAAUACAAGCGUUCAUUACUGAAGUACCCUUCAGAAAUGCCAAUGGAACACAAUUAACACUGGAAGAAAGAACAAGCUCGAAUCUGUCAAACGCCAACAUCAUAAACUUUUCAUUGCGAAGCGAGAAGCAUUUCAAUAUCAAUUUGUGCUUAACAUUGGUCUGUGCAACUUUCUUUAUAUGGAUUGUAUCAGGAGCUUUAGUUUCUCUCAUCGCAUCAGCAUGUAUUUUGAUAUUGCAGUGUAAAUCACUAGUCUCAUCUAUUAAACAAGAUACAUUGCUGGUUGUAGAAUCAAUAGGUGUACAUAUUGAGAAUAAAAGAGGAUUUGGCAUUUUUACAUCAACAGAAUUCUUGCCAUGGAAUAUAGUGGAAGAUAUAUUCAUUAAUGAAGUCAUAAAAGGACAAAGAGUACUUUACUAUCUCACGUUUAUUGUGAAAGAAUCGAUCGGCAGACAGGAUUCGAGAAGAUUAGUUCCACUGUUUCAAGAUCUAUUACCCGAAAGGAAAUGCCUGGAAUACAUGUACGUUCGCCUAGCCAGCUUGAUUGGUUCGACCAAGAGAAAGAAUCUUUGUUAACUAUUCCUGGUUCUUAUUGGUUGUGUCACAAAAAGAAUAUAUACAAAUUUAUUUUUAAAUAUCAUCGGCCAGUAAGGAAUACUGUGCAAUUUUCGUACGGCCGAGAAUUGUUAAAAAUUAUUAGAAGAAUUAUAAAAUGUCAUCCAACACAAGGUCAACAAUUUGGCACACAGCAUCUUCUUGUUACUUACAACUGUACAUCUUGGACUCGACAAGACAAAAUGUUCGCAAUAAUGAAAUUCCAGCAGCGAACUAAUGCUGCGGCAUUUUCACACGCAUUUGUGUUAACUGUAAGAACGUUCCCUUCAUCAGAAUGCUCGUUAUUUGAUUUAAAAUACCCAAUUGUUAAAGAAGCUGAUGCAGGUGCUACAUUUAAAGAUUUGAAUGUUUCUUUGGAUGCCGAGGAGAAAAUUAUUAAUACGACGAUAUCUACUACUGAUAAAGUGUCUCUGAGAAACGAUGCGAAAUGUCAGACUAAAAAAAUAGAUCAAAUUUCAAAAUAUAAUGCCAUCGAAAAUGUGUUAAGUAAAACAUUGGAACCAACAAUCAAUUCUAAUUUUCAAGAUGGUAGCACAGAAGACUCUACAGUCUUCCGAGAAAAUCCGGAUCAAAGAAUUGCCACAACCAGAGCUGAAAUGCAUUUUGCUGAUAAUCGAAACCAUAAUACAGAAUUUCAUAAUAAUUUACAAGAAAUUAAGUCUAUAAGCUGCAAUACCGAAAGAUGUGAAAAUAAUGUAGAACAACAUUCUAUUGAUUGCAUGCAAGAACAAUCUUUGAGGGCAAAUACGACAGAUGAAAUUAAAGAGGCGGGUGAAAUAAAAAAGGAAGAAACAAAAUUUGUAGUAAUACAAAAAUCUUUAUCGCUAAAAUCUUUUCCAAGAGUAGUAAAAGAUAACACAGGUGAAUGGCUAUUAAUAGAAAAAUUCAAUUUUGAUGAAAAGUCAAUAGAGAAAGAUGAUACUUGUAUUAUUAAUAAUAAAGAUAAUUUAAAUAAUAAAGAGACGACCGAUGAAAGUAUUGUAGAUUCCAGCAAUGUACAUCAAUAUUUAAAUGAAGAAGAGACGAAGAAUACAAAAACCAACUUAAUUAUUGAUCAAUCAAAGCAAAAGAAUUUGCAGACUGAAAUAAAAAAUGUAAGUAAAGAUAAAGAUUGUAUUUCAAAAAUGACUGAAAGAAAUAGCAAGUUUAUAUACACGAAACAAAAAGACCGCUAUAAUGAAACGAUGAACUUAGAAGAAAAUGAUAGAGAACGUACUGGAACUCUAAUAAAUGUUGACGACAAACAAUUCGAAAAUAAUACACAUGGUAAGUCGAGUAAAACUCGUAAACAGAAAAGUAAAGAUUCUGAUAGGAAAAUUAUACCUGAAAAGGUUUUGCGUUCCUCCAAUAUUACCGAUUUAGUAAUGGAAGGCCUGAUGUUCACUAUACGACAGGAUCAAGAUAGCAUAGCCGUCAUUGAACAAAAAACCAAAUUGGAAAUGGACGAAGUCUUGGAAAAUUCUGAGAAGGUCGAGACGAAAGCUGGAGAAAAGUGUCUAUUAAAUUCAAGUUUGUUGAGGCUGGAGAAUUUAGUAACUAUGAUCGACUCGCCACGUAAUAAAAAUGAACAGCAUAAAAAUAGUCAUGCGGUCGGUAAUGGUGCAAAUCUACCAUCGUUUGGUUUUUCUAGAGAUAUUGUACAUGAUGUAAAUAUUAAUUAUGUAGAUGCGGAAAUGGAUAAAUCAGGUGUUUUUAAUUAUGAUAGACGUAAUGCGAUAAACCAUUCGACUCUGUACCAGUCACAAUGGCAGCGUCAAUGUGUUUCUCCUAACAUUGAGAAUAAUGAUGGUUGCUCAACAAGCGAAAUUUCGAUUGAAAAAGCUAAGAACUUAAUGGAAUGGCAAAAUGAGCAAGACAAAAAAUGUAAAAGUAACAUUGAAAUGGAAAAACGAGAAGAGGAUAUUGUUCCUGAGAUUUCAUCAUUUAAUAAACUUAAUGUAGGAUUGCAAAAUACAAAUUUAUUGAUGAUUAAUAAAAAUAAUGAAGAGAUAGGUAAAUGUGAUAAAUCAGCGAAAGAACAUCUUAAAUCUCAACUACCAUAUUCUUCAUUAAAUUUAAGUAAAAUAUGUACGGAUACAAUUUUUGUAAAUUCUGAGGAAUCUAAUUUGAUUAAAUUAUCUCAACAGGAGGCAAAUGUACCGAGAAUAAUUUCAAACAAGGCCAUUACCAUUGAACAAAUGCCGCCAGCUUUGCAGAAAGUUCUACAACAUACAUACAGAGGACGCAGGUUCUCUUCACCAACUAGCAGUGAAACACUGGAACAGAAUGAACAAAAGAUGCAAUCUUCGGUGUUAACGGAGUACACAGUUUCCAAAGCGGAUGACUUAUUAGAAGACAAAUCUAUAAAUUCCAAUAUAAUGGAUAAUUCGUUAUCUAUUGAAUUUGCAAUUAAUUCUGAAAAAAUAGAAAAUAAUAAUGAAAAAUCGUGUGUAACGAUCGAAAAAAAUGUUUCACAGGCGAAUAGAAAUACACGUUCGAAAAAUUUAAGAACAACCAAGACGCAACGUACUUUACGAAGAAGUCCAUCGUUGAAGCAUGGUUCACCAAGAAAAUUGCAGGAUAUUACGGAGGAAUUUUAUUAUGACUUGCUGCAUGUACAUAACAAGGACAAUGCCAUUCGACAGAAAUGUCUCAGACAGAAACAAAAAUCUUUAAACAAUCCUGAUGUUAAAAAUGGCAAAGUACAUAUACAGAUGUUGAAGUUUAUUCAGGACAUUACAGAGGGUGCUAGAGUGGUGGUGAGACGGCUGAAUAUAGACAAUAAAUCUAAUUUAUUAGAGAAAAAUUCAAAUUUAAUUUAAAAAUGCUUGUGGAAAAUUCAUAAUGCAGAUUCGUAAGGAAAUAAUUUUAUUACACUUGCAUUGAUAUAUACUUUAUUGUAUAUUACAAAUAUAUAAGUACUAUGUAUUCUAUAAAUCUUAAUGAAUUAUAAAUAACUUGAUCAUAACUU